UCUCUCCUAUCCACCGACUCUGGAUUUGUUUGCACUUGUAGUGGCCUUUGAAAAGGAUAAGAGGCUGCGCAGGUGUAAAUUGGCAUUGCUUUCCUUCCACAUUCUAGAGUGUUACUUGCCUUGUGUCCCACACAGCAUCCUUCACCGGUCCUGGCUGUACUCCCUACUCCCUUGAAGUUUCUCUCCGAACUAGUGUCCUUCUCUGGUCCUCUCCAUCAUCUUUAAGCUUAUCUUUAACAUUUAAAUAGAGAUGGGUGCAAGGAUUCCCCAAGCAGAAUGUUCAUUUUGUCAACGACAGCACCAUUUGCUACCCUUCUGGGAAUUUCGUAAUAUUUAUCAAUAUUGAAACCAAGAAAAGAACUGUACUCCAGUGUAUGAAUGGAAUUGUGGGCGUCAUGGCAACUAACAUUCCUUAUGAAGUUGUGGCUUUUUCUGAUCGACGGCUAAGACCACUCAUAUACAUAUACAACUUUCCUGGAUUAACCAGAAGGACCAAAUUAAAAGGCAAUGUUCUCCUAGACUACACUUUACUUUCCUUCAGUUACUGUGGCACCUACCUGGCUAGUUACUCCUCCCUCCCAGAAUUUGAACUGGCCCUCUGGAACUGGGAAUCAGGUGUCAUUUUGUGCAGGAAGUCACAACCUGGUGUAGAUGUGAGCCAGAUGACUUUUAACCCCAUGAACUGGCACCAGCUGUGCUUGUCAAGCCCAAGUGCAGUAACUGUGUGGACCAUCGAAAGAAGUAACCAGGAACAUUUUCUCAAAGCAAAGUCAGUAAAACUGCCUUUGGAAGAUGGAUCAUUUUUUAACGAGACAGAUGUCAUUUUUCCCCAGUCGUUGCCCAAGGAUCCUAUCUAUGGACCUGUGCUCCCCGUGUCGGCCAUCGCCGGACUCGUGGGUGAAGAGGCAGAAAGUUUCAGGCCUAAAGACGAUCUGUAUGCUUUGCUUCACCCAACUAUGCACUGCUGGACUCCAACAAGUGACCUAUACAUUGGCUGUGAAGAGGGUCACCUUUUAAUGGUUAAUGGAGAAAACUUGAAGGUAACUGUGCUUAAUAAGAUAGAAGACGGACCACCAAGGGUUGAAAGAAAUCUCAUCAGUCCAGUCACCAUGGCGUAUCAGAAGGGAGGCGUGCUUGCUUCUGGAAUUGAUGGCUUUGUGUAUUCUUUACUUAUUAAAGAUACAGAUUAUAAAGUAGAGGAUUUUCUUGAGGUUGAAAGGCCGGUGGAACAUUUGAUGUUUUCUCCUAGUUACAGAAUGUUGCUGAUUCAGACAGACAAGGGGUCUGUUUUUAUUUAUACUUUUGGUGAGGAGCCAACCUUUGAAAAAGUCCUAGAGGCUUGUGAUGGGAAAUUUCAGGCAACAGACUUUAUCACACCUGGAAAUGAAUACUGCAUGGUAAGGAAUAUUGUUUUGUUCGACGAUAGGAUUUAAGGAUGAGAUUUGGAAGUUCAGUGCAACCUGUUGCAAAUAGGAAGCAGAGUGUACUCUUGAAGAUGCGGUAGAAAUGCCAGCCACUUCCAUCAUCAGAUCUACUCCCCAGUUAAAAUGACAUCAUCACAUUGUGACUUCAUAAUAUUAAGUCUCUGAACAUGACCAAAGCAAUUAAAAUCUUAAGAGCCAUC